AUGAGCCCUUAUGGGCGGUGCCGCUAUAGGAUUGGGUUGGAUAGCCUUCGAUGGCCUCUCGAAUUUUGUUUCAACGAAGCCCUCGAGUGUUGGACAAUCAUAAUCUAUGAGGUAAGAAGGAGGGUUGGAUUAUCUAGAAGAGCGAGUGGAUGUGAGGUGAUUAUAGGGGUGAUGAUGGUGCUCGAUGGAGGUAAGAGGAGUGAGGGAAUGGAUGUUGGUGAUGAAGUAUUUAGUGGGGAUGGUGAUUGGAAGGUGGAAGGGGUAAUGUCAUAG